AUGGCUGGUAUGAUUGCAAGACUAAUAUGGAACAGAAGAAAUGAGAGUGUGCAUGGAAAAGACCCGAGACACCCUAACUCUAUUCUAGUCAAGGCUAAAGAGGACCUGAGGUUAUAUCAUCUAGUCCAAUCCAAGGAGAGGUCCAAUGGUGCUGUUGUGUGUCCCAAUCUAGUGCAGAAGUGGAAAAAACCCCCAGCAGGUAAACUAAAACUUAACUGGGAUGCUGCUAUUAAUGCCUCAGUGGGAGUGAUAGGUAUGGGAGGCUUAGUAAGGGAUUGUCAAGGCAGAGUUUUGGGGUCAGUAAGGGCAAACAGAAAGCUAAAAUUAUCACCCCUUGAUGCUGAGGCCUAUGCCUUACUGGUGGCUAGUCAGUUUUGCAAAGAUAGUGGCUUAUCUGAGCUAGUCCUUGAAGGAGACUCAAUGCAGGUGGUCCUCAAAAUGAAAAACUCAGUCAGGGACUGGAGCCAAGCAAGUCUAAUUCUCGAAGAGGCUAAAUCUAUCCUGAAUUCUUUUACAAGUUGGAAGAUUGAACACACAAAGAGGGAUGCUAAUAUGGCUGCUCAUUUGCUAGCCAAGGAUGCCCUCAACGUGGUAGAUGACAUUUUUGAUCUUGAGUCUAUUCCUGAUUGUAUUAAGAGUGCUGUCCUUAGUGACUCUAUGUAA